AGCUGCCAGUCUGGGCGAUACGCAGUCCUGGACCGAUGGCGCCUGCGGAGCGCUGCCCUCUGUGCCGCCAGACCUUCUUCUGUGGUCGCGGACACGUCUACAGUCGCAAGCAUCAGCGGCAGCUUAAGGAGGCUUUGGAGCGGCUCCUACCUCAGGUGGAGGCCGCCCGCAGGGCCAUCCGCGCCGCGCAAGUGGAGCGUUACGUUCCGGAGCAUGAGCGACGUUGCUGGUGCGUGUGUUGCGGCUGUGAGGUGCGCAGACACCUGAGCCACGGAAACCUGACGGUGCUGCACGGGGGGCUGCUGGAGCAUCUGGCCAGUCCAGAGCACAAGAAAGCAACCAACAGAUUCUGGUGGGAGAAUAAGGCUGAGGUCCGAAUGAAAGAGAAGUUUCUGAUCUCUCCCCAGGAUUAUGCGCGAUUCAAGAAAUCCAUGGUGAGAGGUUUAGAUUCCUAUGAGGAAAAAGAAGAUGAAGUGAUCAAAGAGAUGGCUGCUCAGAUCCGUGAAGUGGAGCACAGCCGGCAGGAGAUGGUUCAGUCUGUCUUAGAGCCUCAGGCAGUGCUAGACCCAGAAGAGGGCUCUUCGGCACCUGGAAGCUGGAAAGGGAAAAACAGCGGAGUAGCCUCCAGUUCACAGCAGCCUUCAUACUUGGACCUGCCGGCAACUCCAGAGCUUGACUGGAUGGAGGCAGGACAACCUCUGACAUUCAUUGGCCACCAGGAUAUACCCGGAGUUGGCAACAUUCAUUCAGGUGCCACACCUCCCUGGAUGAUCCAAGAUGAGGAACACAGCUCUGGGAGCCGACAAAUAGGCCCCUCCUAUGAAGAAUUUCUUAAAGAAAAGGAAAAACAGAAACUGAAGAAACUCCCCCCUGACCGUGUUGGGGCUAACUUUGAUCACAGCUCUAGCACCAGUGCAGGCUGGCUGCCCUCUUUUGGCCGCGUCUGGAACAACGGACGUCGCUGGCAGUCCAGGUAUGUGUCCAGUCCCACGACCUGCAAUCAGUACGCCUUUGGAAACCUCCCCUUCACCCCAUUAUCCCUCAUAUCCUUUCAGACAUCAAUUCAAAACUGAAGCUGCAGCAAGGAACAAACAGCAUAAAGAAAAAAGCUAAUGGUGUCCUAACCAUCCUAGACUCAAAGACAAGUCAACAACCCCCUACCUCAGUACACUAUUAUUCUUUCCACUAAAUCCUUUGCAAUUCUCUUUCUUAAAAAACAGACAUAACCAUUCAUUUGAUUUAAUAAAGUUUUAUUUUUCAAAAUGUA